AUGGCAUCAAGUAGUGGUGAAGGUAAUGCAAUUCAUUCAAAAAGUUUAUCGUCGUUCGUCGAGCAAUCAUUUGUGGAGAAAGUGCCGAUAUUGGAGUCUGAUGAGGAAAAUACCGUCACUGAUGGAGGCACCAUACCAAAGAAGAAACGGUCACAAAGCAAGGUUUGGAUUUUCGUUAAAAAAUUUGAAAACAAACACAGUGCUGAGGAGUACGUAAAGGCUGAAAAAACUUGGUCUUUUGUACGAACGCAUGAUAUAGAGGAAGGGAGAAAAAAGUACUUUAGAUGCAAUAAAGUGGUGCGGAAGGGACCACAAUGUUCAGCUCAGUUGUAUUUACUCAUGUAUUCAUUCUCGGAUGAAGUGUUGUUGUUUCGGACAGAUUCUGAUCAUGACCACGAUUCGAAAACGCUCGCUUGUUAUGGGCUUAGUGACAGAGUAAAGGAAGAAAUAAACAAGUUAUACGACUUACAUCUCAAACCAAAAGCCAUACUUGCAAAUUUAUCUAAAAUUGAUGAUAUUAAAGUGCCAAAAAUGUCCCAACUAAGGACUUAUUUAAUUGACAGACGCCGUUGUAAAUAUGGACAGCCCACGAUCAGCCUAGGUGAAUUGGAAGCUUGGUUAAGGUCUCAUUCGCCGAUUCCUGACAACGAACAUGAAGUUUAUGUUAUUGGGUAUGAAGUGAUUGAAGAUACUAGUUCAUCGCGCUUUAGAUUUGUACUAUCAACAAAAUAUUUGCUGCAAAAAGCACGUGACGUAAAAGUUUUUCAUGCUGAUGCUACAUACAAGUUGGUAUGGCAAGGAUUUCCCGUUCUCGUCGUUGGAAGUACAGACAAAAACAAAAGAUUUCAUCCAUUCGGGCUUGGGGUUCCAACUAAUGAGGAAAAAGAAGACUUUAAGUUGUUGUUUGAUGCCAUCAAGAUUAAUAUCUUUAAGUUGUACUCACACGUCUUGAAACCUGAAGUUCUAGUCUGUGAUGCAGCGAAAGCAGUACAAAAUGCAUUUAUAGAGGUAUUUGGUAAAGAUGUCACUAUUCGUAUGUGUUGGGCACAUGCUAAAAAAAAAAUUCAAGCUCAUGUAGAGAAAGAUACACGAAAAAUUUUUCACAAAGAUUUAUUGUCAGAUGUGAAUACUCUGCAAGCAGUAACUGAUUCAGAAACGUUCGAGUUAGCUUCAAAAGCAUUCUUGAAGAAAUGGGAGAAUGGGACAACUUUUAUCCAUUAUUUUGAGGAGCAAUGGCUCAUACAAAACCGGAACUGGUACUUGGGUGCUCACAUGGGUUCACCAGCGACUAAUAAUGCAUUAGAAUCACACAACCGAGUAAUCAAAGAUGAAUACACGCUCCGCGAACGUUUGCCACUGUCUCGUUUCUUGACAGUUGCCUCAGAGUUUGUAAAUGGAUGGUCAUUAGCUGUCGAUGAAGUAUUUGCGACAUUACCAACUAUGACUCUGAAAGACUGGACAGAAGCCUACCAAUGGGCGAAGUUGCCUAAAGAAGUACUACUGACGAAUAGUGACGAUACUUUUAAACACUACGAAGUACCUGCUGGGAAGGCAGACAUAAUACAACACUUUGAAAAUGCAUGGACUGAUUUUGAUGACUACAAAGUUCAAUGGUUCAGCAAAUGGAGAGUGGAUCUACCGCACGAUAUUGAUUGGAUACAUGGAAAAUGCAACUGCCCUGCGUUUUACAAAAAUUAUAUGUGCAAGCAUAUUAGCGGAUUAGCCAUACGCUUAAAGCUAGCCAACCCCCCACCAGAAGCAAAAAAUGUACUAAUCGGCCAGAAACGAAAAAGGGGGCGCCCUUCAAAAUGCAAACCAGCGCUGAUUAUUCAGUAA